AUGGAAGUUGUAUGGCAAAUACUUGCAGCCUCUUCUGCCUUUGUGGUGUUAAUGUACUCAUGGAGAGUAGUGAAUUGGGCUUACAUCAGGCCGAAGAGGCUGGAGAAAUUCCUGAGGAAGCAGGGUCUCAGUGGGAAUUCCUAUAGAUUGGUGUAUGGGGACUUGAAAGAGAUGUUGAAGAUGAUGGAGGACGGCAGGUCCAAGCCCAUCAAUCUUGAUGAUGAUAUCAAGCCAAGAGUCCUUCAUUUUGUCUUCAAAACCGUUCAGAAAUAUGGAACUGAGUCCUUUCUGUGGCUUGGCCCAAGGCCUACAGUUACAAUAUCGGAUCCUGAACUCGUUAAGGAGGUGAUGAACAAGUAUGACAUCUACCAGAAGCCCAAUAACCCAAAUCCGCUGACGAAGCUGCUUGCACAGGGAGUUGUCAGCUAUGAGAUGGAUAAAUGGGCAAAGCACAGAAAACUAAUCAACCCUGCUUUUCAUAUGGAGAAAUUGAAGCUCAUGAUUCCGGCAUUCUAUCUGAGUUGUGAUGAAGUUUUGAACAAAUGGGAAAAGAGUCUAUCGCCGGAAGGAUCAUGUGAGGUGGACGUGUGGCCAUAUCUACAAAAUUUAACGAGCGAUGCAAUAUCAAGAACUGCGUUCGGCAGUAGCUACCAAGAAGGGACAAGAAUAUUCGAACUUCAGAGAGAACAGGCAGAGCACGUCAUCAAGGCUUCACAGUCUAUAUAUAUUCCAGGAUGGAGAUUUGUGCCGACGAAAAGAAACAAGAGAAUGAAAGAAAUCGAAAAAGAAGUUCAAUCAUCGAUCCGGAGUAUCAUUAGUAGAAGGAUUAAGGCAAUGAAAGCAGGGGAAGCAAGUAGCGAAGACUUAUUGGGCAUUUUAUUAGAGUCCAAUUUCCAGGAAAUCAAACAACAUGGUAACAAGAGUUUCGGAAUGACCAUUGACGAGGUGGUGGAAGAGUGCAAGCUGUUUUAUUUUGCUGGUCAAGAAACCACUUCAGUGUUACUCGUGUGGACGUUGAUUUUGUUGAGUAGAUUUCCCGACUGGCAGAAACGAGCCCGUGAAGAGGUUUUGCAAGUCUUCGGGAGCCAGACACCUGAUUUCGAUAGUCUGAAUCACCUGAAAAUUGUUACCAUGAUCUUGAAUGAAGUCUUAAGACUUUACCCACCUGUAGUUGGUCUUGGUCGAAAAGUCACCGAAGAAACCAAGUUGGGGAAACUAACAUUACCAGCCGGGGUGCAGAUCUCAUUGCCAAUUAUCUUAUUACAUCACAGCCGAGAAAUUUGGGGGGAUGACGCAAUGGAUUUCAAUCCAGAGAGGUUUAGCGAAGGUGUUGCAAAGGCGCAGAAGAGGCAAGGUAUAUUUUUCCCCUUUGGGUGGGGGCCUCGAAUAUGCAUUGGCCAAAUGUUCGCAAUGAUGGAGGCGAAAGUGGCGCUUGCUAUGAUUCUACAACGGUUCUCGUUCGAGCUUUCACCGUCUUACACGCACGCUCCUCAGACGAUAAUAACGCUGCAACCUCAGCAUGGUGCUCACUUGCUUCUGCACAAGCUCUAAGAGUUUAGAUCACUGUUUCUACAUUUGCAUGAAGUGAGAUUUCUGGUGGUGUAAAGUAAUACUUUAUAUGGGAAUAAUUGGUGUACUCUUUAUGAAUCUAAUGUUGCUCGCAUUGGACAGUGAACUAAAAUUGAUAAAAUUAAUACACAAAACCUAGUAAUUCUCGAA